AUGGCUUUGGGCUGUGGUUGCACUGUCCCUCUCUCACAAUAUUCUCUCUCCUUCAAGUCCUUCAAUAUAUUCUCAGCUUGCCAAGCUUCGUUUCCAUCGGCGCCGCCACGGCCUUCCUCUCGAAUUUGUUAUCGCAUCGCUUCUCGCCGAUGGUUGAAUUUGAACCACAUAUCUGUGGGUUCUCGUAGAUUCAAUGGUUUUAGUUCAAGGUGUUCAAUAACCAACACCGACUUACACUUCAGCCAUGUGGCUACUGAGAAUGAGGUCCAGGAAGAAACAUCAGCUGCAGAGCCUGAUUGCUCAGUCUCAAUUGUCAAUCUUAAUUCUGAUAUGCUUGAGACUGAAUCUUUGAGUUUACUAACUGAAGACACUUAUGUAGAUAGUCUCCUGACGACACUGCCCGUUUUAUCAAAAGAGGAGCAGCAUACCCUUGCAGCUACUCCGGCCCAUCCAAUGGGAUUAUAUGCUUUGUAUGCUAGUUGUCUAGCUGGGAAUUUAGUGGAGCAACUUUGGAAUUUUGCUUGGCCCUCUGCUAUCGCAUUGAUAUAUCCAAGCCUUCUACCAGUAGCAUUCAUGGGUUUCUUUAGUAAGCUUGCAAUAAUUGCUGGAGGCCCUUUAGUUGGCACACUUAUGGAUCAUUUUCCCAGAGUACCUGCGUAUAACUGUCUUAAUAUUAUCCAGGCAACUGCUCAGUUGUUAUCUGCAGCAAUGAUAAUUCAUGCACAUUCUGUUCCUCCUUCUGUGUCAUCCCUCCUUCUCCGCCCUUGGUUCAUUGUACUUGUGCUAGCUGGGGCUGUAGAGAGGCUAUCUGGUGUAGCAUUGGGGGUUGCUAUGGAGCGUGAUUGGGUGGUGCUGUUGGCAGGAGUUAACAGGCCUAUUGCACUUGCACAAGCAAAUGCCAUUCUUAAUCGAAUUGAUCUUCUCUGUGAGAUAGCUGGAGCAUCACUAUUUGGCAUUCUUCUCUCUAAGUAUGACCCGGUAACAUGCUUGAAGUUUGCCGGAGGUUUAAUGGUGUGGUCGUUGCCUUUUGCAAUUGUUCUCACGUGCUUAACCAACAAGCUUUCUAGUGGGGUUCUUGACCGCCCUAAAUGUUCACAAACCUGUUGUAAAGCAUCCACUGAAGGACCCCUGAUUGAUACCAACGAUAUAUUGGAUAAAGGUGUGGCAGCUAUUAAACUUGGAUGGAAGGAAUACUUGCAGCAACCAGUUCUUCCUGCAAGCCUAGCCUAUGUGUUGCUUUAUUUUAAUGUUGUACUCACUCCAGGCAGUUUGAUGACAGCAUAUCUAACACAAAGUGGUUUAAAUCCAUCUAUCAUUGGGGGUUUUAGUGGACUAUGUGCUUUUAUGGGUGUUGCAGCAACAUUUGUGUCUUCAUGCCUGGUCAGGCGGCUUGGCAUUUUGAAGGCAGGAGCAGCUGGGUUAAUAUUUCAGGCUUCACUGCUCACCGCAGCUGUUGCUGUUUAUUGUAGUAGAUCUUCCUCUCAGCAGAGCCCCCUUCUUUUCUUCCUGUGUUUGAUUGUAUUAUCAAGGCUGGGACACAUGUCCUACGAUGUUGUGGCAGUACAGAUUCUUCAAACUGGGAUACCAUCAUCCAAAGCAAAUAUUAUUGGGACAACAGAAGUUGCUGUUGCUAGCCUGGCAGAGUUUACAAUGUUGGGAGUUGCAAUAGUUGUCAAUGAUGUUUCACAUUUCGGCUCUCUAGCCGUGCUGUCACUCCUAUCAGUAGUCGGGGCGGCGUGGAUGUUCUGUCGUUGGUUGUUGAAUCCAACAGAUGAACAAAGAACUCUUUUCUCUUUCGAUGCUCAGUGUCAAUAA